AUGACAAUGGCUGCUGAGAAUUCCUCCUUCGUGACAGAGUUUAUCCUCGCAGGCUUAACCGACAAACCAGGAGUCCAGAUCCCCCUCUUCUUCCUGUUUCUAGGCUUCUAUGUGGUCACUGUGGUGGGGAACCUGGACUUGAUAACCCUGAUAAGGCUCAACUCUCACUUGCACACCCCUAUGUACUUCUUCCUCUAUAACUUGCCCUUCAUAGAUUUCUGCUGUUCCAGUGUUAUCACUCCCAAAAUGCUGAUGAGCUUUGUCUCAAAGAAGAACAGCAUCUCCUACGCUGGGUGUAUGACUCAGCUCUUCUUCUUUCUUUUCUUUGUUGUCUCUGAGUCCUUCAUCCUGUCAGCAAUGGCGUAUGACCGCUAUGUGGCCAUCUGUAACCCACUGUGGUACAUGGUCACCAUGUCUCCCCAGGUGUGGUUGCUCCUUUUGUUGGGUGUCUAUGGGAUGGGGUUUGCUGGGGCCAUGGCCCACACAGCGUGCAUAAUGGGUGUGACAUUCUGUGCCAAUAACCUUGUCAACCACUACAUGUGUGACAUCCUUCCCCUUCUCAAGCUCGCUUGCACCAGCACUUAUGUGAAUGAGCUUGUAGUGUUUGUUGUUGUGGGUAUUGAUAUUGGUGUGCCCACAGUCACCAUCUUCAUUUCCUAUGCUCUCAUUCUCUCCAGAAUCUUCCACAUUCGUUCCACGGAGGGCAAGUCCAAAGCCUUCAGCACCUGCAGCUCCCACAUAAUUGCAGUUUCUCUGUUCUUUGGGUUAGGAGCAUUCAUGUAUCUCAAACCCUCUUCUCUUUUACCUAUGAACCAGGGCAAGGUGUCUUCCCUAUUCUAUACCACUGUGGUGCCCAUGCUCAACCCAUUAAUUUAUAGCCUGAGGAAUAAGGGCGUCAAAGUUGCUCUAAAGAAAAUCUUGAAUAAAAAUGCAUUUUCCUGA